AAAUCAUUUCAAAGUAAGCAAUCAGUCCAACAACGGAGGCAUCCAAAUUAAAAGCCAAAAUAUAGGGAAAUGUGUCUUUCGAAAAGAUUACAUGAUUUCCUUUUGAGACAACUUUCUUCUUCUUCUUAUUGUUCUGCCUAAAAAACCCUCUUUUCUUUUUCUCUGGAAAGUCAAAUAACAGCGUUAAGUUACAACGUUAACACCGACGAACCAGCUUUCAUAUAUUAACAAUACUUCACUAAAUAAACAUUCUCAAACAUAUACCAAAACCCCCAAUACUGAGACAGAGCGAUAAGACAAAAGCAAAGUGGUUUCAGUUUGUUCAUUAGAUCGGACCAUAAGGCAUCAAUGUAGAGAUUCUUAUGGCAAUGCGGAUGUUGCGAUUGAAAUGUGUAGCUCAAUGGGUGUAGAAGUUACAGACAUCUGCAUGGAGAAACAAUCAGAUUGUGCUAUAGUUUACUCGAAUGGUGUUUCAAAUGAUGAAACAUUUCAUAGUCAUCACAAUGCCAUGCAGUCGUAUACGGAUGGGGAUCCCGAGCUCCAAGGUACAGAUGAAGGCACUGAAGCAAAAGAAUAUGAGGUGAAGGAAUGCACUACUGAAGAUUCAGUUGUGAAAUCUGAACAAAGUCAAAUUGAGAAUGCCAAGGAAGAGCGGAGCAUGUUAAACUCCAAUCUAUACUCUGGCCUGCCUGAGGAUGAGGUCAAACAUGAAACUGCCAGAACAAAGAAUAAUAAAAUGAGAGUAUCCAAACAUGUAUCAAAACCUGCUGCAGCAAAUGUUCGAACGAAGCACACUGUUCCGCAGCCAUUUGCCCUUGCAACUGAAAAGCGUGCUUCAUCUGGACCUCGUCCUGCUGUGUCUGAAACUAACGCUGGAACUGGUUUGAACAAAUCUUCUAGCAUAAAUGGUGCACUUCAUCUAAACACAAGAAAACAGAAUCAGCAGCCCCAAUUGGUCUUGAGGAAACCUCUGCAACCUAAUAAUAAGAAGCAUUCUGAUGAUGAUGAAUCUUAUUCUGUUACUUCUAUCACUUUGGUGUCUUCCCAGACUGCCAAGCCGAAGUCAACUGUUGCAUCAGCGCCUACAUUUCGAUGUUCUGAACGUGCAGAGAAAAGGAAGGAGUUCUAUUCAAAGCUGGAGGAGAAACACCAAGCUCUGGAAGCUGAGAAAACCCAAAGUGAAGCACGGACUAAGGAAGAGAUGGAGGCAGCCAUCAAGCAAUUCAGAAAGAGUUUGACAUUCAAGGCAAGCCCCAUGCCAAGCUUCUACCAUGAGGGACCACCACCAAAAGUUGAACUGAAAAAAAUGCCACCAACUCGUGCAAAGUCCCCAAAGCUAGGUCGAAGGAAGAGCUGCAGUGGUCCAGUCAGUUCAAGUCAGGGAGACAAGGUAAAAGGUACUUCUCAUCACAAAAAUCGUCACAGUUUGGGUAGUCAAAGAGAAGCCAUUAUUGCCACCACAUUCAGUUCAGCAAACAAAAAGAAUCAAAACAAUGUCCAGAAUGGAAACUCUCCUUUGGAAUUCAAAGAUGAGUCUUCGAAAGCACAAGAGAUGUGUGAGUUGGUUCCACCCGAGGCAAAUGGCCACAUUGACUUGGACAUAAAUUUCCUAUCUUGAGUUUCUGGUGAGUUUUCUAAUUUAAGGGAAACACUUAUUCCCUUAUUUUCUUGUGACUGCACUAAAGAAUGUUUAUUCUGUUUUCUUAAAACUGCAAAGACUUGUUGCUCUUUAUUGUUAUUAAGUGUAAAUUUCUGUAAGUUAUAACGUGGUUAAUAUAUAUAUAAUGUUCCUGAUCUGUUGUAAUAUUUCACAAAGUCAAGAGACUCCACUUCACUUAUUUGAACAAUUCAAUAAAUUUGUUCUUAAA